UGCCAUGCUGACCAGGCUGGUAAAACUGCCUUUUGAUGAUAGAUGCUUAAUAUCAAGAUGACAGUGAUGGUGUCGCACUGGAAACAAAUGAAAAAAGUAGAAACUUCAGCAAAGAAACAGAAGACUUAGCAAAGUAAUAGAAAACACAAAGAAGAUGUAUAACUGAAAAAUAUCAUUAAAAGAAGAAACACAACGGAUGGGUUCAACAGCAAGUGGAGAGGGCAGAAGGAUCAGUGAACUGGGUCGCAGAACAAUGUUAAUUACACAACGUGAACCACAGAGACAGAAUAGACUGAAAGCAAGUAGAGCUGCAGGGACCGGGAGUUACAGCACAGCAUCUAACAUCUGUGUCACCGGAAUUAUGGAAGGAGAGGAAAAAGAGGGUGGGCAUCAAAUUAUUCAAAGAAAUAAUGGCUGAAAACUUCCUGAAUUUGGCCAUAUAUAAAAAAAUCUACAGACCUAAGAAGCUGAGUGAACUCCAAAUAUUACUAGGACAAGCCGAAGAAAUCCACACCAAGACAUUCAUGGCCAAACUUCUCAAAACAAAAGACAAAAAAUCUUGAAAAAGAUUUUUUUCAAGAGAAAGAGAAAUGAACCUUACCUACGGGGAAGAAAUAAUUCCAGUGACAUCAGAUUUUUCACCAGAGACCGUGGAGGCCAGAAAGUAGGUGUAUAACAUUUCUCAAGUGCUGAAAGAAAGUAGCAGAAUUUUAUAUCCACUGAAAAUAGGAACCAAGGGGAAAUCAAGACCUUCUCGGAUGAUGGAAAACUAAAAGAAUUUGUUGCCUGCAGACCUAGUCUCAAAGGAUGAUUAAAGGAAGUUUUGGCCGGGCACAGUGGCUCUCACCUAUAAUCCCAGCAUUUUGUGAGGCCAAGGUGGGCGGAUCACCUGAGGUCAGGAGUUCAAGAUCAGCCUGCCCAACAUGGUGAAAUCCCGUCUCUACUAAAAAUGCAAAAAAUUAGCUGGUCAUGGAGGCGGGCACCUGUAAUCCCAGCUACUCAGGAGGCUGAGGCAGGAGAAUCACUUGAACCCAGGAGGUGGAGGUUGCAGUGAGCCAAGAUGGCAUCAUUGCACUCCAGUCUGGGCAAACAGGAGCAAAACACCAUCUCAAAAAAUAUAUAUAUAUAUUUGAUAGUUAAAGAAAAGUUAGAACACUGAUGUAGUUCUAAAUGUGUGUAGAGAAAAUAUUGAAAGCACUGUUUUAAACUGGGUAGGGUAAAGGGGCAUGAAGUAAGGUUUCUAUACUUUGCUGGAAUUGGUAAAAUGGCGAUACCAGUGGAUUAUCUUUUAAGUUAUGUACAUGCAAUGUAAUACCUAGAGCAAUUACUAAAAAAGGCCAUACAAACGACAAAAACCUAAAUGCUAAAAAAACGGACAAAGGCCCUGGCUAGGCAUUUCUCCAGGGAAGACAUACAGAUGUUCAACAUCAAUCAUCAUUAGAGAAACGCACAUCAAAAUCACAAUAAGAUACCACUUCACACCUAUUAGGAUGGCUAUUACUUAAAAAAUCGCAGAAAAUAAGUGUUGGUGAGGAUUUGAUGAAACUGGAAACUUUGUGCACUGUUUGUGGGAAUGUAAAAUGGUGCGGCCUCUGUGAAAAACUGUAUGGCCAUUUCUCAAUCACAAUUUUUAAAAGGCACAAAAUUACCUUAUGAUCCAGCAAUUCCCCUUCUGGGUAUAUACCCAAAAGAACUGAAAGCAGGAACUUAGACAGAUAUUCUUUGUAUAUCCAUGUUUAUAGCUGCAUUACUCACAAUAGCCAAAAGGUAGAAACAACUCAAUGUUUAUCAACAAAUAAAUGGAUAAACACGAUAUGGUAUAUCCACACAACAGAAUAUUAUUCAGCCUUAAAAAGCAAUUGUGACACACUACAACAUGGAUGAAACUUAGGGACACAAAGCUAGUCACGAAAGGAUAAAUUUACAUGAUGCUGCUUAUAUGAGCUAUCCAGAUGAAUCAAAUUUAAAGAGACAGAAAGCAGAAUGAUGGGUUCCAGAGGCUGCGGGAGGAGAGAAUGAAGUUAUUUUGUAAUGAAUUCAGAGUUUCAAAACUAUAAAAUUUCUGACAAGCUUAUCCAACCUGCCUUAUUUUGUUCUUUUUUAUUCUUCCUUUUUUUUUAGGCUUUUAGCAGCCCGAAGCCAUGGUUUUAGUUUCCGUCCCUAGUGAUGAGUGGAAAAGAGGGAUGAGAAAGGGGUUUUACUGGCCCAACCAGAAACAGAAACUAACAACCCAUGACUGUAUUCGCUCCCUUGGACACCUCUGUGAGAACCAAACAAUCUAAACCUCAGACAAACUUUUUGGGAUCUAAGGCUAUGCAGAGAGCUUAACCCCAAAAGCAUGAUCCGAAGGAAAAUCUGAUAAAUUUAACUACAUCAAACUUAGAAACAUUUGCUUGGUGAAAUAUAGUUAGAGGCUGAAAAGACAAGCUACAGAUGGGGAAAAAUAGUUGCACACAACAUCUGACAAAGGACUGCUAUCGAGAAUUUGCAAAGAACUCUCAAAACUCAAUAUCUAGAAUUUGCAAAGAACUCUCAAAACUCAAUAUCUAGAAUUUGCAAAGAACUCUCAAAACUCAAUAUCUAGAAUUUGCAAAGAACUCUCAAAACUCAAUAUCUAGAAUUUGCAAAGAACUCUCAAAACUCAAAUAUCUAGAAUUUGCAAAGAACUCUCAAAACUCACCAGUGGAAAAAAAAAAGCAAAUAAUACAAUUAGAAAAUGAGUAAAUGACAGGAAGAGAUAGAUCACCAAAGAGGAUAUAGAGAUGGCAAAUUAGCACGUGAAAAGAUGGUAAACAUCACUAACCAUUAGGGAAAUAGAAAUUAAAGCCACAAUGAGCUAUCACUACAUCCCUAUCAGAACGGAUAAAAAUUAAAAAAAAAAAAAGCGACAACACCAAAGUUUGGCAAAGAUGCAGAGAAAUUGGAUGAUUCAUACGUUGUUGAUGGAAAUGCAAAAUAGUGCAAUCACUUUGGAAAACAGUUUGACAGUGUCUUACAAAGCUAAGGAUGCAAUUAUCGGGCAACCUAGCAGUUGCACUCCUGUAUGUUUAGCUGAGAGUAAAUAGAAGUGACUCACCCACCUUAAAAUAAGAAUAGGCCAGGCAAAGUGGCUCACGCCUGUAAUCUCAGCACUUUGGGAGGCUGAGGUGGGCGGAUCACAAGGUCAGGAGUUCGAGACCAGCCUGACCAACAUGAUGAAACCCCAUCUCUACUAAAAAUACAAAAAUUAAUCAAGUGUGGUGGUGCACACCUAUAAUCACAGCUGCCAGAGGCUGAGGCAGGACAAUCUCUUGAACUCAGGAGGCAGAGGUUGCAGUGAGCAGAGAUCACGCGACUGCACUCCAGCCUGGGCAACAGAGUGAGACUCCAUUUCAAAAAAAUAAAAUAAAAUAAGAAUAACUCAUCAACAGCAACUCAUCAAUAAUGCUCAUUGAGUACCUGCUCUGCCUGACACUGUUAAUCACAUUACAUGUGUUAUCUCAUUUAAACUUCCUAACAAAUCUCUUGUCUGGUGUAGACUAUUUUUUAAAAUUUAACUUUAAAGUUCAGGGUUACGUUUACAGGUUUGUUGCAUAGGUGAACUUGUGUCAUGGGGAUUUGUUGUACGGAUUAUUUCAUCAUCCAGGUAUUAAGCUUAGUACCCAUUAGUUAUUUUUCCUGAUCCUCUCUCUCCUCCCACCCUCCAGCCUCUGAUAGGCCCCAGUGUGUGUUGUUCCCCUCUCUGUGUCCAUGUGUUCUCAUCAUGUAGCUCCCGCUUAUAAGAGAGAACAUGCGGUAUUUGGUUUUCUGUUCCUGUGUUAGUUUGCUAAGGAUAAUGGCCUCCAGCUCCAUCUAUGUUCCUGCAAAAAACUUGAUGUCCUUCUUUUUUAUGGCUGCAUAGUACUCCAGGGUAUAGACCAUUAUUCUCACCACUCCACUUUCAGCCUCAGAGGCUGCUGUUUAAGGCCACGCAGUUAGCAAGUGGCAGUGCCAGGAUUUGAACCCGGGUAAUAGGAGCAGGCGCCUUAAUCCUUGCCUUGUCAUCCUCAGCCCUCUCAUAGCAGAGUAAACAGAGGCGAGGAGAGGACAAGCCAGCUGCCCCAGCCCACAUUGCUGGGAGGCCGCGAGGGUGAGACCCAAGGCCACGCUCCCCUGCGGCUGGGGUCCCGGUUCUCUAGUUCUGCCUGACUUCCCCCAACGUUCCCGCGCCUCUUUCACCCAGUCCCAGGGCCCCAGGCACCACCCUUUUCCUCCGGGAGGAGCAGGGAGAGGGCGGGUUCCCCGGCGCAGUCCCCUCCUCGACCCUCCCCCAGGCUUUAAGCAGGCGCCGGGGCCAGGCGGAGCAGUCCCGGGCCGGCCCGCUCCGCCCGGAGAUCGCGCUGAUGGCUGCGCUGGCGGCGGCGGCCAAGAAGGUGUGGAGCGCGCGGCGGCUGCUGGUGCUGCUGUUCACGCCGCUCGCGCUGCUGCCGGUGGUCUUCGCCCUCCCGCCCAAGGAAGGCCGCUGCCUCUUUAUCAUCCUGCUCAUGGCGGUGUACUGGUGCACGGAGGCCCUGCCGCUCUCGGUGACAGCGCUGCUGCCCAUCGUCCUCUUCCCCUUCAUGGGCAUCUUGCCUUCCAACAAGGUCUGCCCCCAGUACUUCCUCGACACCAACUUCCUCUUCCUCAGCGGCCUGAUCAUGGCUAGCGCCAUUGAGGAGUGGAACCUGCACCGGCGAAUCGCCCUCAAGAUCCUGAUGCUUGUUGGAGUCCAGCCGGCCAGGCUCAUCCUGGGGAUGAUGGUGACCACCUCAUUCCUGUCCAUGUGGCUGAGCAACACCGCCUCCACUGCCAUGAUGCUUCCCAUUGCCAAUGCCAUCCUGAAAAGCCUCUUCGGCCAGAAGGAGGUUCAAAAGGACCCCAGCCAGGAGAGUGGAGAGAACACAGCAAAGACCACUCUGGGGAGACGGAGGUUCCACUGGAUCUGCUGGCUGACUCCAGGAAGGAGGAGGAAUAUCGUGGGAACAUCUGGAAGGGCUUCCUCAUCUCCAUCCCCUACUCAGCCAGCAUUGGGGGCACAGCCACACUCACGGGCACAGCCCCUAACCUCAUCCUGCUUGGCCAGCUCAAGAGGCUGGCUCUGGAUCUCCUUCCUGUAUGGGGGCCUGAGCUUCAGGAAGAAGAAAUCUGAGAUAAGAGCCAAUGCAGAAGAUGGUGCUCGAGCUGUGAUUCGGGAAGAAUACCAGAACCUGGGGCCUAUCAGGUUUGCCGAACGGGCCGUUUUUGUCCUUUUCUGCGUGUUUGCCAUCCUCCUCUUCUCCCGGGACCCGAAGUUCAUCCCUGGCUGGGCCAGCUUCUUCACUCCAGGGUUUCUUUCUGAUGCUGUCACCGGCGUGGCUAUUGUCACCAUCUUGUUCUUCUUCCCAUCCCAAAGGCCCUCUCUCAAGUGGUGGUUUGACUUCAAAGCUCCCAACACGGAGACAGUGCCCUUGCUGACCUGGAAGAAGGCUCAGGAGACAGUGCCCUGGAACAUCAUCCUUCUCCUGGGAGGGGGCUUCGCCAUGGCCAAAGGCUGUGAGGAAUCAGGGCUGUCUGUGUGGAUUGGCGGGCAGCUGCACCCCCUGGAGACUGUGCCCCCCGCACUGGCUGUGCUGCUUGUCACCGUGGUCAUCGCCUUCUUCACUGAGUUUGCCAGCAACACGGCCACCAUCAUCAUCUUCCUGCCUGUCUUGGCAGAGCUGGCCGUCCGCCUGAGAGUGCACCCCCUGUAUCUGAUGAUUCCGGGCACAGUCGGCUGCUCCUUUGCCUUCAUGCUCCCAGUCUCGACGCCCCCCAACUCCAUCGCCUUCGCCUCUGGACACUUGCUGGUCAAAGACAUGGUGCGGACAGGUCUCUUGAUGAACCUGAUGGGCGUCCUGCUGCUCAGUUUGGCCAUGAAUACCUGGGCACAGACCAUCUUCCAGCUGGGCACCUUCCCGGACUGGGCUGAUAUGCACUCGGUCAAUGUCACAGCAUCGCCACCCAUCUUGGCCAACGACACAUUUCGGACCCUCUGAGUCCCCCUGGGGAACUCCUUGAGGCUGAACCCUCUCAAAGGGCUGUCACCAUCACCUGCUGCUAGGACUCUACAAAGCAAUCAAAUAAUUAUUUCCCAUAAUCCAAUAUGCAGCAAGCAAGGGUGACCUCCAGUGGUCCACUCAGGUCCACAGCCAUUAUCUAGAACAUUUUUCUCUCUCUCAUGCAGUUCAAGGCCCAGAUAUCUCUCAGAUCUGCUUCCUGAGAAACAAGCUCCUUUAUCAGUGAGCUGUUUUAUCAUUAGGAUGCAAGAGAGCCCAGUUUCAUCAACAAUGACCAAAUCUGGCAUGGAGUCUGUCUCAUACAGUUGGGAUUGGAGGCCAUUCAUUCCCAUGGGCACAGCUAACAUUAUCCCCCAGUGACUACUUUCUGUUACACUGGAAAGACCACCUUGUCUUUAAAGAUCACUUUCCUGGGCUGCAAUGUUCCAGUCCAGUUGUUCCAGCUGUUCACAACUAGUGUGUGUUUUUGCCUAGUUGGUGCCCAUUCUGCACCCGUUGUUUUACCCCUGCUGAUACCCAGAAGUCAGAGAUUCUUUUUUAAUCCUUGGAGACAGGGAAAGGGACAGAUGGCUUUCUGAGGACAUGAGGCUGUGCAAAAACCCUCUUUGCUGUUUCUCUGGGCUCCUGAGCACACCAGGGAAAGUUCUAGAAACCCCAGAUGACAUCUCUACCCAAGAGAUUUAGGAUUCUCCUGUUUCAUCUGGGCCAGUUUGGCCAUAAUUCUGGGGUCAGGCCAGGCCAGGGUCCUACCCUCCCAUGGGGAGACCUAUGACCCCUCCAGCCAAGACCUUCUUGCAUGUGGCCUCCCAGGGGCGUCUGUGGCUGCAGGGUGGUCAGCUGCUUCUUGUCCCAUUAAGUGACCUUGAGCUCCCCAUGUCCCACCUUAAGUAGUAAGCAUGUUUAAUUAUCAAAAGCCACAUUUGUCAGAGGUGAGAGAAAAGUCAAAAGAUAAAUUGGGGCCUUGUAAAAGGCCAGGGUAAAAUGUCUCAGGCAAGCAAAAGAUAAAACAUCCCCAUGAGCCCGAGGCUGGAAGUGCUGUCUGCACUUAAAGAUUUACUCCCUCUUUGUUCCAAGCAGAAGCAUUCUGGCAUCCCAGUGAAGAGCGCAGGCCCUCAGGAAGUGUCUGCUGAAUGGAAUGGCCCAGUGUUAGCCCAGUAUCAGAAAAAGCACCAGCCCAGGGGCCUUGAACUGUCACACUUCCCCUUCCUAAGCCUCUGAGGGUGGAGAUUCCCCUGGGAGCACUUGGCCAGCUGGGAAGGCAGCACCCAGGUUCACUCUUGAUACAGCACAAGUGAGUCAUGGGCAUUUCCCUGAGAGCAGUGGGAGAGACCGUCUGAGUUGGAGGUUGAGCUCCACCUCCUUUCCAAGUGAGCACUCAGUGUCGAAUCACAGUUACAACCCACUGGGGCUGUGGGGAGGUGGGCUUGUAUGGGACUGGAGGCAAAAGGUUCAUUCAAAGAGAAGCCCACGGGAUUUGUAACCAGAUGAAUCAUGAUUUCAAAGACUUCUGAUCAAAAAUACUGUGAAAUAAAGAAUGUUAAUCAA